AUGUCUGAUUUGAUCCACCGUCUGCACUACUUGCCCGCCUCCACCGCCUGCCCAACAACCGCUCCCGGCGGUGCCUGCCCCCAGGCCGUAGCCUGCGAUGCCGGUACCGCCGGUGGUGUACGAGCCUACGCUGCCAGGAGGUUGAUCGGCUUGUGGAGAGGACGUGGUCAGGCAUUCGGAUGCAGUUGCAGAAAAAAUGUUGAGAAAAGCGAAGAAAUUGGAAGUAUGUUGCCGAUGAGCGAGAUAAAACAAGAAGAAUUACUAACUAUAAGAAAGAAACCACCGGCAAAGAUCGUAAUAGAACCAAGUGAGGUACCGAUUUCUGACCAACCUGUUUCACCACUUUCACCUAGAGAACUAUUUUUCAUCGAUUUGAUAAAAGCAGCAAAGUUGCCAAGUGUCAAUACUACAUUGAGGUUCAUAGAGAAAGAAAAGGAGUAUUGUAUUUUUGAUGAUCCAGUAUACAAACAGGAGCACUUGAAGAUAAUCCAAGAGCCCAAGAAGAAUUUUAGAUCUGAGGCAUAUAUUUUUUUGGGAAACAGUGCAUGAAGCUUAAUACUAUAUAGAG